AUGCUUUUGUUCUUCGGUGUGAAACCCUAUCUCGUUUUCGAUGGUGACAACCUCCCCAGCAAAGCAGGCACUGAGCAAGAGCGGCACCGUCGACGCCAAGAAAGUAAGGCACUUGGUCUUGAGUUGCAGCGGAAGGGACGAAUGCCCGAGGCCUAUCAAGAAUUCCAGAAAGCCGUCGAUGUGACACCAUACAUGGCCCGGCAAUUGAUCGAAGAACUGAAACAAAUGAAUGUACAAUAUGUGGUGGCGCCUUACGAGGCAGAUGCACAGAUGGUCUACUUGGAACAGCAAGGUGAUAUCGAUGGAAUCAUAUCAGAAGACUCGGAUUUACUUGUUUUUGGAGCAAAGCGGCUGCUUUCGAAAUUGGACCAGCAUGGAGAAUGCAUCGAGAUCAAUCGGGCCGAUUUUGGUGCUUGCCGCGAGGUUAGCUUGGCCGGCUGGAGCGAUGCAGACUUCAGGACCAUGUGCAUUUUGAGUGGCUGUGACUAUUUGGCAAAUAUUCCUAAGAUGGGACUGAAAACUGCUUACCGCAUUGUUCGCAAGCACAGGAACGUGGAAAAGGCCCUGCGCAUGCUCCAAUUUGAAGGAAACUUUCGCGUCCCGCCCGACUACCUCGCCAAUUUCAAGCAGGCAGAAUCGACAUUCCUCUACCAGCGGGUCUUUUGCGCCAAGGCCCAAAAGUUGUUGACUUUGACACCACCAGAGGAAGGUGUGAAUUUGGAUGAGCUACCAUUUAUCGGUGGAGAUUAUGAGCCUGAGAUCGCUAUUGGCGUUUCUUCUGGCGACUUGGACCCUUCCACGAAGGAGCCAAUUAAACUGAAAUCGUUGGUUGCUAGUAGGUUUACUCAUGGCAUCAAUCGUCGCCAGACGCUAGGCACAUCUUCCGAGUUGAAAUCGCGCAAGCCCAUCAAUGAUUUCUUCACUCCGAAGAGAAUGCCUCUGGCUGAAUUGGAUCCCAACAGCCUGACUCCAUCGCCGAGCCAGCAGCGACUCUUGGAGCGCAACUUCAACAAUUCUUGGCAACCAAAUAUGGCACCGGUCCGCUCCAACUCAGUUCGAUCGACGCCCCUGCGAGCAUUCUCGGCACAAGGGCUCAGUCCCACAGUCAGGAGUGCGGAGCGUGCCUCAUUUAUGGCCCAGAGCGCAAAGUCGCCUGUGUUGCAACCCACCAAGAGACAGAGGCUCUGUUCUGAGACGGAAGGGGAUUCCCUCCCUGCUUGCUCCCCUGCUCGCAGUCGAUUCUUCACCACUACCUCCGACCAGGCUAGUCCCAGCGGACAGAAGCUGUUCCGAUCUAAGCGAUCUCGCAAGUCAGUGAUUGGAGUGUUUUCCGAUGAGGAUGCGGAGGAUAUCAUGUCUAGCAUUCCCGAUCCUACCCCCACGCCGGGAACUACUGAAUCGAACGCCGGAGACAAAUUGGAAACUCCUGGUCAGGCCGGUGAAGUGGAAACUCCUUCCAAAACUUCCAAGGGUGAUCAAUUGGUCGAGGACAGGUCAGACCUUCCCCAGGAUACGCCUCAGGGCGUUUCCAGCAACUCACCAGGCUUUGACCGGGCUGUGGAGUAUCACGUUAGCCGCCAGAACUCGGAUCUUGUUUCCAAGUUCACCUUUAGAUCAGAGCCCAAGACCGAACCAGCAGGCGCUCCAUUGGUGACGACAUCUCCUGCGGCCCAAUCGAACCAGCGACCUGCACCACCUUCCACGCCCAAGAGCCCAGCUUCCACUGCCCGAAGCAACGUCGUCCAGCGACGCUUGACACCCCUUCAACGCAUGGGACAAAAUGCGCUUAGCCGAUCCCGCAGUCUCAACUUCCCCAGCAAGCUCAGGGCCAGCCAAGCUGCCGCGCCCUACGUCAAGGAACGUUCCCCGGUUGCCCCGCAGUGCUCGUUCCUCGGCACCCAAGGCAGCGAGGACCUUAUGGUUCCAAAUAGUGACGAGGAUGAAGAGUCAGAGGCUGAAUCGUCGGCGACUCCACUGGAUCUCGCCCGAUUCUCUUUUUCCGCCCACUAA